AUGCCCCCAGAUAGUUACCUCUCCAUGCGAGCCUCGUGCAAUCGCUGCCGAUUCCAUAAGCUUAAGUGCGUUGUCAACUCGGAGGGAAAUUCCGGCAGACAUGAGUGUGCUCGAUGCAUACGGGCCAAGGUCGAGUGUGUGUACAGCCAGAGGGCGCGGGCAAAACGCCAGAAGACGGUAGGAUCUGGAGCGACCUCCCGGGCUUCGAGCAAAGAGGACAGUGGCCCUUUCACGCCGUCGACUGGCCCUCCUAGUGCUAGGGAGGAAGACUUCGGCGACGUAGAUUCGUCCCGUACGAGCUCUUCAGAGAUCCGGGCCAUAUGGAGCACCCCGGACUCUGGGCCUCGCCCAGACAGGCAUGCCCACUCAUUAUCUACCUUCGGUGGUCUCGCGCAGGAUCAGACAGACGUGCCAGCAGUGAGCACCGGUGGGCCGCUUACCUCCUUACCGUUAGACACAGCACCACAUCAAUCCCUGUCCAGCAGACAUAUACCGCAGUCUGUCCCUCAGCAGGUCUGCCAAGAUCUCGGGUUGGGCUCAUCGAUUACCCUCCCCCGUUCCAUGCGCGAGAGACGGCAGCCACAGGCCUAUGGGAACCUUGACAACCACCUCACCUCCCCAGCUUCUCAGCUCUCGAACCUUGUGGCCGAUAUCCAUAAGACACUGGCCUUACUCACAGCCGACUGCCGCGGCAGCAAGUGUCCCAGCUUCAACUUCCGCGAGUACCCCAUUGGAACCGUUCUGCACCUAGCCCAGGACCUCAUCGACAUUGUUUCCAAAUUUAAACCCGCCCGUGAGGCACCCACAAUACCAUGGGAGCCCGUUGCGUCAGAUAUCUCCACCUCCCACACAACAUGGGCACAUUACACCACAGCGGCGUCAAGUGGUAGCGACUCGCCCAUCUCGUCCCUCCUCAAUCAGGACUUCUUCUACCCGGACCUCACAGCUCCUAGCCCACCGCUGUCAUCCACACCCCGCGGCCUUGACAACGUCCUGGACACCCCAACCAAGCUCCUGGCUAAGGGCUGCUACUUCUCCCUACGGCGGCUCUACUACCUAGUAUUCACGCAUUUCGAAGGCUAUCUAAGCACGCUGUGGCAGGCGCCGUCCUCCCGUGGACUUCUGGCGCACAAUCUAGCCAGGGGGAGAAGACUUCAGGUCGGUGAACUGCUCUCGGCGGAUGAGAUGUGCAGCGGUAUCGACACGGCGGUUAGGCUAAUGUUGGAAAUCUUGCAGUCUGCAGAGGAUGUUCUCAACCACCUUGAUGCUGUGGGCGCUGCUCGAGGCAUCCGGGAAGCGGAUCCAUGUAGAUUUCCGAUGAGCUUUGCGUCGAAGGGACAGGACGAGCCGUCAUUGGUGAAUGGGGAGCUUGGGAGAGGUUUUGCAGACCAGGCUACUAUGCCUGUACAUAGUGAAUUGGAUGGGUUGGGAAGCAAAGUACAGUCUCUUAGGGGGAUGUUGAAAGAGAGAAUGCGAUGGGUUAUUGAUUGA